AUGAAAGCUGCAAGAAGGGAUGAUGUCGAUGACGACGAUCACCGUCUUCGAAAGAGGAUGACGAGAUCCAUCAUAGAGCCGGCCGGAACCGAAACGCACGGCGAUGGGAAACAGAUCGAUUACAUACCCGUGUGGUUGCUGUCCGAAUUGCUAUGCAGGCUUUCCGUCAAGGAUGUGUUCCGAUUCAAUUGUGUUUCAAAGCAAUGGAAUUUGUGCAUCUCCGAUCCUUCCUUUCGCAAUUUGUUCCUCUCCCGACGGGCCUCGGGUCUACGUUGCCCCUUGGUGUUUUUUCACUCAAAAGUUCAAUUGGUCGACGAGGAAGAUCCUAAACCGUACCUAACCCGGCCCGAAAGGCUCGAAACAGAGAAUAUUCCUCAGAUUCGGAAGCUUACUUUACCAAGUCUAAGAGAAAGAUCAGUUGAUGGGACCUUCAGUAUCCGAGCAGCAGACAAAGGGUUUCUUUUGCUGGAGAGGGAGGAGCGUUUUUUCGCCAAGUACAAUGUAGAAUUUUAUAUCUGCAAUGCUGUAACCAAGCAAUGGUUCACCCUUCCCUCGCAUCGGUUUUUCACCACCGAAUUCAAUGUGGGUUUCGUUACACAAAUUGAAUCCGGAGUUUUGACGGGUUAUAAAGUCGUCGUAGUUCGUUGUGGAUGCUUGGUCGAACUUGAUGUGCAGAUGUUUUCUUCAGAAACAGGGAGAUGGGAGAAUUUCAAAGUGCCUUGUGAAGAAGGUUCAUUUGGAUUCCCCCAUUGCCAGAGACCUGUGGUUGUGAACAAUACGGUUUGUUGGAUGGUUAGGGUGGGUGAGAGGGGUGGCAUAUUAGCUUAUGAUCCUUACGCUAGCCCUGAUAAUCCUAAUAGAUUUCGUUUGAUUGAUUGUCCAAUUGAUAUGGAUGAUAUGGGGUUCAGGAUAUCUUCCGAAACAGAUGUUCAUCAGGGGCGGCUCAAGUAUUUCGCAUUGAGUUUUGAUAUCAAUCUGCGGUCUUAUGCCUUGAAAAUAUGGGAACUCACAGAUACCUAUCAAUGGCGGCUCCAACAUGCACUCAGGACUGGAGAUGUUGAUGAUUCUUGCCAUGCAGUACUUCUCCAAAGUAGAAUGUUAUUUAUAUCCUUCCAUCCAUAUGAUCCAGAUGUUUUGUUUCUGUUUUGUGUGAUGCGCAAGCGUCUGGUGUCAUACAAUAUGAAAACCAGGAGGAUGGAAUCACUCAGUGAUUGGUCUUGUGAAUUUAAUACUGGAGGAGCGACGGGUUUCUUUCAAAUGCUUCCAAUUUGGCCCAUCUCUGUUCCUUCUUCUCUGAUGUUUGGGUGCUGA